ACACGGUCAUUUUAUUCGUUUCAGGUGAUAUUAUAUGUGAAUAAAGUUGGUCCAUAUUUCAAUCCUCAUGAAACAUACCACUAUUAUCAGCUACCAGUUUGCAGACCAGUAAAGAUCGAGCACAAAUCUCUUACUUUAGGAGAGGUCCUUGAUGGAGAUCGUAUGGCUGUUUCUUUGUAUGAACUAAAUUUUAAAAAGGAUGAACAAAAACGUGAAUUAUGUAAAGUUAAAUUUUCUGAAAAUGAUAUGCGAUUAUUACGAGAUGCAAUUGAAGAUCUCUAUUAUUUUGAGUUUGUUAUCGAUGAAAUUCCUGUUAGAGGUUUUAUAGGGCAUCUCGAAGAAGGAGGCUUUCUACCACACCAUCAUAAAAUAUACUUAUGGGCUCAUUUGCACUUCAAUAUAGAAUACAAUGGGAAUCAGAUAAUAUUUGCGAAUGUCUCAACAAAAGAACAGCUUCCUAUAAGUUUGGAUGAGGUUUCAGCACCUUAUCUUGUCGCAUUUACAUACAGUGUUAAAUGGCAUCAAACAAAUGUAGCUUAUGCAGAUCGUGGCAGAAGAUUAAGAGAUAACAGUUUCUUCCCUAAAUCUUUGGAAAUACAUUGGCUCUCCAUCAUCAAUUCAAUGGUCUUAGUUUUUCUAUUGAUAAGUUUUGUUGUUAUUAUUUUGACUCGUGUCCUGAAGAGUGAUUUUGCUCGGUAUAACAUAGAUGAAGAUGACAGUGAAGAUUUGGACCAAGAUGAGAAUGGCUGGAAGAUCAUCCAUACUGAUGUCUUCAGAUUCCCAGUGUGUAAGAGUCUCUUCUGUGCCAUUUUGGGUGUUGGAAGUCAGUUUCUUGCUUUAGCUACAGGAAUUUUGUUGAUGGCAUUAUUUGGUAUGUUCAAUGUACAUCGCCAUGGUUCCAUUAAUUCUGCUGCAAUUGUUCUAUAUGCACUUACUUCAGGUGUAUCUGGAUACAUUGCUGCAAAUUAUUACCGAAAAAUGGGAGGUGACAACUGGGUAUGGAAUAUCAAUCUCACUUCAGCUUUGUUCGCAUUGCCAUUUUUCAUUGUGUGGGCCCUUAUAAACUCAGUUGCAUGGGGCUAUGGAACCACUCAAGCUUUACCUUGGACUACAGUUGUCAUGUUAAUAUGCUUAUGGAUGUUCGUGGGAUACCCUUUAACUGUUGUUGGUGGCAUUUUUGGUAAAAAUUGGGCAAAUGGUUUUGAUGCUCCUUGUCGAACAAAAAAUAUUGCUCGUGAAAUUCCCUCUGCUCCAUGGUACAGGUCUGCAUUUGCUCAUUGCCUUGUGGGAGGAUUUCUACCAUUCAGUGCUAUUUCUGUUGAGUUGUAUUAUAUAUUUGCCACACUUUGGGGACGUGAACAAUACACACUCUAUGGUAUCUUAUUUGUUGUUUAUGGAAUUUUGCUCAGCGUGACAGCUUGCAUUUCUGUAGCUCUUACCUACUUCCAAUUAUCUGCUGAAGACUACAGAUGGUGGUGGAGAUCAAUUUUUAGUGCAGGGUCCACAGGCUGCUUUGUAUUCCUUUAUGCACUUUUCUACUACUUCAAAAGAUCAAAUAUGUCGGGACUUCUUCAAACACUGGAAUUCUUUGGUUACACUACUUUGUCAUGUUAUGUCUUUUUUCUAAUGCUUGGAACUGUCUCAUUUUUUGCAUCUCUAAAGUUUGUACGUUACAUUUAUGUGAACUUAAAAAUGGACUAAUUCAGUUUCAUUUAAUCUUGUUUUUAUUUAUCAUUAUCAAUUUUAAUGAUUUUUUUUUCCAUAUAUAUUGGGAAACAGUAAAAAGUUAACACUAUUAUAAGGGUUUUUUUUAAUUUCAAUUGCAGUUAUUAUUUUUACUCCUGAAGUAGAAAAAUAUCCAUAUUUAAUAUUUUUCAAAAAAAAUUUCCAAUGAUUGUAAAUGAACGUGGCAAAAUAUUUUUUAAAAAUAUGUAUAAAUAAAAUUUGGUUAUGAAAGAGCAGCAUUUAAGCAUGCAUAUUCAAGACCCACAAGAUCAUUUCAUUCAAAAUCAUCUUUUAUUAGAACUUAAGCAUUAACUGUUUUUUUGUUUGUUUGGUUUUUGUUUGUUUUUUCUGGUGCACUCAGAAGAUUAAAUGCUGAGAAAGGUACUUUUUUUUAUGAGAUUUUAUAAAAUUCACAGUUGUAGAAGUUUGAUGAGAAUCUGCUGAAAUGGAAACAAUUACUUUGUGAUAAAGAAUCAAUGAUUCUUUAAAACAUACAUAUACAUUUAUAUUCACUUUGUUUUUGUAUAUAAUAGUAUUAUAUAUAAUAUGAUUAUAUAUUAUUAUAUUAUAAUAUAUAUUAUUAGCAAUCAAAUUCUUUCAUUGUACUGUGUACAGCCUGGUCACUGAUUACUCUAUUAAGGGACAAUGUCAGUGAGUAGGUAUAGCAAAAGACUUUCAUACUUAAUUAUAUAUAAUAUUACAAAAUGCAAUAAAAAUGAAUGUAUUGAUGUAUGUAUGCUUUACUUACUAUCAUGGCUGAAGUUUCACCAUUUCACAGCACAUCAAGACAUUACCUUACAUACUAUGAAAUGGUGGCACUUGAGAAGUGACACUGUAAUAUUCAGCUGUUAAUAAACAUACAUUACAUUGUACUCUGCAAACAUA